UGUGGGCGGUGCAGGCGUGUCUGGGUCCGACAUUCAGGGGCACGCGACAUGAUUGGUGGCCAGCGUACGACAAAAUUAAAUCCUGUCAGAAGUGUAUUGUACAACUAAAGACAACGACCACGGGUCAUCUGAGAUUGUCUGGCCUACUGAUAAGCCCAGGAAAAGAUUAGAGAUCACUACUCAAGCAGAAGUUUCCUGAGACUGUCACAAAGAUGCUUGACAUAAAGGCCUGGGCUGAGUCUGUCGUGGAAUGCGCUGCAAAAGACCCAUGUGGCUUCCUUACCACAGUCAUGCUGGCCCUCACUCCACUCUUCCUAGCAAGCGCUGUCCUGUCCUGGAAAUUGGCCAAGAUGACUGAGGCCAAGGAGAAAGAGCAAAAGAAGAAAAAACGUCAAGAAAAUAUUGCCAAAGCUAAACGACUAAAAAAAGAUUAAAGGAAUGGAGAGGUUGUGUAACUGGAGGAAAACCAUUUGGAAAUCCUGCAGCUUUGGAAGGAUUCACUAAGGUUUCAUUCAUGUUCAUGGAGGGUUCUGGCCAAUACAUGUGGAACAGAUGGUGGAUAAUACUGGGGAGAACCAGGAUGCAUCAAUAGAACAAGAAGAGCCAACUGCCUACCAUAAGAUGAGUCACCUCCACUUCAUCUGUCCAGGCCCACAAGUCAUUACAGAGGAAGCAGCCUCCUCUCACAGCUAACCUGAAAACUAGUCCCAGCGAGAUGUGAUCACUCAAACCUCAUCAAAACAAAGAUCCAGAGGCUGCAGAGAAAGCAAUGCUAAAUCAGCUACAUAUUUUGCUCCCAAGUCUUGGAACAUUGCUUAUAAGGGAGCAGAAGUGUAAUGCCUCAGGGUGGCUGGGAAUAGCCUGAGGCACUGUGUACUCCCACUCAGAACCCGACUGAGUCCUCUUGAUCCCCACAAUGAAUACCAAUAACCCCACUAAAGAAGACCUUCAGCAGAAUUGGGGUGUGUGUAAGAUAGUC